AUGCUGAAAAAUGGAUGUUGGUGGAUUGAUAUCCUAUCACCAACAGAUGAUGAAAUGAUGGAAUUUGGUAGGAUAUUUGGUAUACAUCCUUUGACCAUUGAAGAUAUAGAAACUGAAGAAACACGUGAAAAAUGUGAAAAAUUUAAUGAUUAUUAUUUUAUUUGUUUCCGAUCUUUUGAUCAAAAUCAUUAUUCUCCAACAUAUUUACAACCAGUAAACCUUUAUAUGAUUGUGAUGAAAGAAGGAAUUUUAUCGUUUCAUUUUCGCCCAACACCGCAUCCAGCGAAUGUUAGACGUAGAAUAGGAAUUAAAAUAGUUCCUAAUGCUCUUGUGUCAUCUCAAUUGAAAUUUGUGCCAAAUAGUUUGAAUGUGACCUAG